CACAGUAAGCUCACAAAGAAAUGUUCCACUCAGGAAUUGUGUAUGGCUUUCCAUAACCGAGGACGGGUAGAUGGACAAUAUAUCUACAAGGACUACGUUUUCGUCAGCAACUUUCAUUAAUACUUCUCUCUUACCGAUCUCGUUUCUGAGAAAACAGAAAUGCAUUUAAGACUGUUUACCAUAGUCCUAUUCCUGACUGGUGUAGGAUCAGGUUGUUGCACUUGCUUCAACGCCUCUUCUGUUGUGGCGAUUGAUGCCCAUAUGGAACGUUACAUAUUUAGGAAAGUAAGGUCAUAUUCUCUCUAUUCCUGUGCAUCGGCAUGUCUGAUGUCUUCAGUCUGCAUGUCCUUCAACUUUGAGACCAAGACUCGCAUCUGUGAACUCAACAGCAACAGCAGUGACCAGGUGGCUGUCACAACGCAGCCAGGAUUUCUCUUCAGUGACAUCAACCACUGGCCUAAGUCACUCGCUGGCGCCUGCUCGGGGAAACCUUGUCCAAUGUCCAGAUGUUAUCUAGAUCGACUGGGUCGGGCAUCAUGUGAGACAGAGUUUCAAGGCUGUGAGGCACCACCUGCUGUUGCCAAUGCUGAGGUGCAUUAUGACGGAGUGUACGAAGGAGCAGUUGCAGUGUACACUUGCAAGAACAACUUCAUGAUGUGCACUGCUAGACACAGCAGAGUUUGCCAGUUGACAGGAAAUUGGAACGGUUCUGUCGGCCUGUGCGCACAGUACAGUUGGGACAACCCGGUGAUGAACUUCCUCAUGGUCGUGCCUUGUGGGAAUUCAAGUAGCUUCAAAGUAUCAAUGAACAUCACUCCAACGACCGUUAAUCGGUAA